AUGAACGUAUGGCAUCCUAUUAUAGAAUCAGCAGACGAGUUUAGACUGGGUCAAAUUUGGAUCGUAUCUGGAUCUUACAUCAACAAUGAUAUCAACAAUAUUGAAGUGGGUUGGCAUAAUUUAGCUGCUGCUUCCUGGGCCAGGGCACUCUCCAUGUUCAAAAUGAAUGUUGCGUCAAAAAGCUAG